UCGCCGCUGAUAGGCAUUCUCACCGCGGGUGAUUCCCCCUCUCCAUUUCGUCACCUUCCCGACCCUGGUCUCCUCUGCCCUACUCCUUUUCUAGCCCUAAUCCCCACGGAACGGAUUCAGACCCGCCUGAUUCUCCACCAAGCUGGCGUAGGCUCCUCCCCGCUGGGGCAGGGCCGUGCACCCUCCCGCCCGUGCGCGCCUCCGCCGCCGACGUCUCCGCGUGCUACGCACCAUCCCGCCUCCGCCGCGACUCGGCUCCGUCUCCCCACGUCCACGCCUCAGCGCUCCAGCAUCCACGCAGCCGCGGUGGCAUAGCAUCGACGCGCGGCGAGUUCGCUCCCCUCCCCUCCCCUCCCCCUGGCCGCCUACAAAACUCGCUCGAAUCUUGAGCCCGCCGACCCUCUCUCUCCCCCACCUCCGUCUUCUCCCAGGCUCCAGAACCUCGUUUUGCCGUCUAAGUCGCAGGACUCGCCAGCGAAGAUGGCCGGUGAGAGCAGCACCAGGCGGCCCCUCUUCGGCGGCGCCAUCUCCACCGCCUUCCCCGUCCGGUUCCAGGAUGUGAGCAACAUUCGCGAGGUCCCCGACCACCAGGAAGUUCUCGUUGAUCCCGCCCGUGACGAGAGCCUCAUCUUCGAGCUGCUCGACCUCAAGGGCGAGGUGGAGGACGGCGGCAGCGCGCUCUGGUUCCUGCGCGACGUCGCCAACGAGCAAGAUGCGGCGGAUAACUUGGUGGUCGAGCACUCUGGUACAAUCGAGCUAGCUGGUCUGCGAUCUGGGGAAGCACCUGCAGUGGCUGGAACUGCAAUUGGCAAGCUGGCUGUUUCAAAAGGGAGGCAAGGCAGAGAAGCACAGAACAUUGUUCGACUUUACUUGGCAAACAUACGUCUCAAGAAUGCAGCAACUGAUGUAGUUAUCACCGCAUAUGAGCCGCUGUUGAUAAAUCCUUUGAGUGAAAGUGCUCAGGCCAUUGCAGCUGGACCAGCAGUGCCCGCGGAACAGGCAGGAUGCUUGCCAAUGUCCGAGGUCUUCAGACUCGCAGUCAUGAACUUCGAUGUCCAUGAUUGGAACCUUUUCAAUGGCAGCGGUUGAAGUAGAGAGGGUAUGACAUCUCAAUGCUAGAGUGGUUCUAAAAAAAGUGUUCUGCAAGAGUGUUUGGGGAAUGUACUUUCCUUGAGAGAAACUGGUAUCUGAAUUGUCCUUAAGAGUAGCUUUUUUUUGUUGCUGAAAAUGCUAUCACUUGGCAUAUGUAGUGUCAUCCAAAGAACCCUGGUCGAAGUUCAAUAUAUCAUGUUAGCUUCUAGAAAUUACUUGAAUUGAACGAAGUACUUGCUAUUUCAUUGAUAAAGACCGCAUAUGUCUCAUCAUGGGGCAUUGAGUACAGAGAGCUCAACUCUGAAUUCAAAA